CACCCUGCAGCAAGAAGCUUCACAAAAAUGAAGAUGGUCUCGGCGCUGCUUCUGCUGAGCACCCUCCUGGGUACCCCCGCAGUGCCUUCCCGGCGCCCCUCUUGUUACAAGAGGGCCCUCAAAGACCACAACUGUCACAACAUCCCAGAAGGCACGGAGAACCUUCGACAAAUCGAGGACGGUCUGCAAGAUCACUUCUGGGAAGGGAAGAGCUGCGAGGUGAUCUGUUACUGCAACCUGAAUGAAUUGCUCUGCUGCCCCAAGGAUAUUUUCUUUGGACCAAAGAUAUCUUUUGUGAUUCCCUGCAACAGUCAGUGACGGACAUCAAGUCUGCCAGUGAAGACAACAGAAAUCAUUCUACAAUCAUGUAAUAAUGCUUUCAAGUGGAAAAGCAAAACCAUCACCACCAAAAAACACUUCCUAACCACAAGACAGUGCCUCUUUUUACACUGUAGAAAACUUUCCUUUCUAUACCUUUUUGGAAUCUCAAAUAUGUAAGAAAUUCUUCCUUUCAAAUGUGGUAGCUGCCUUAAUUUCCAUGACGGUGUAAAAGAAUGUACAAGCUCUUAAGGCACCCUAAUAUGCAUCCCCCAGCAAAAAGCCUGACUCGUGUUACUCAGCACAACAUUCUCCACUAGUUUUGACGAAGAAGCUCCAAGCUUAAGCCUUUGUUCGUGGUUAAGAAUGUGACUCUCAUAGAAAGCUGCACUUGCAGUAGGUUGCUAUCACUUCACUGCCGCCACCCAGCUAAUGUUGUUUUAAGCUGAAGCUACUCAGUACCUGGCACUUCUGCAGUCAGCCUCCCACAUUCUGUUUAGGCAUCUUAAAAUCCAUGCACGUACAAAAGGCAAACUUUCACCAUUCGUAUUUGAAAAUUCCACUGGGGAAAAAAUAAAGCCAAAAUUCACAUUAAUAAUACUAGAGAACACUUAGGUCUUAAUUAUUUCUAACUGGUCAACUGCAUUAACUAUGGAAUCUGUGAAAUCUUAAAUUGUUUAAAAUUAGCAUUGAAUUUUUAAAAUAGUAGAACAGUUACAAUGUUGUAUAUAUAUUCAGAAAGGCAUCUAAAGAGGAUGGGACUAAUGCAAGGCCUGUUAAGGCAACAAAAAUCCAUGCCAAGCAGCUUUUUUAAUCAAGCCUUGUUUGAAGUACAGUACAGAAUUAAGUUAAAAUGCUGCCUUUUUAUUUUUAGGCUAGCCCUGUGGGGAAACAGCUAGGGAAGUGAAGACAAAGACAUACCUCAAAAUAUUAGAAGUAAUCAUCUCAAUGUUCAAAAGGUAUUGUGAUCUAGGCUGUAGAUAUACAGCCACCUCUCACCACAUGCCAAUACCGAUUACAGUGCAAGAGGAAAAACAGCCAAUAAUUUAUGUCCCUUUGUAAGUUUAAGGAAAACCACCUGACCAAGCCAGGCUUACAGGCAGUAAGCCUGUCUUAUUGCCUUACAUAUAAAAACUCUCUAGCUAUCAAGUCAGUCACAUGGAAGGUGUGUAGUACUGAAGUAAAUAUUUUAAGUGGAAAAACCUAAAAGUGUACUGUUCAUCUAAUAACCUUACAACAUUACACUAUGAAACACUGCUACCACCAGUUUACCAGACUUCACAUGCAGCAUGAAAUCCCACAAUGACUGUUUUUCUUCCACUGUAAAUAAGGGUUGGCUAGUGGGGGAGGGGGGAUGAUUAUACAUAGCUAAU